GUGGCGGCGGCGGCGGCUCUGAGCCCUCCCCCUCGGCCCGGCCGCCAUGGAGCCGCGGCGGUGACAGCGCCGACCCGCAGCGCCCGCCGCGAGCGGGGCCGCCGCCCGCAGCCAUGGAUGAGCAAGAGGCCCUGAAGUCCAUCAUGAAGGACCUGGUGGCACUGCAGAUGGGCAGGCGGCACCGGCUGCCGGGAUAUGACACCAUGAAGAACAAGGACACUGCUCACAACAAGCAGAAAAAACACAAUGCCAGCAGUCCCCCCCUCUUGGGCAGCCCUGCAAUAAUGAACCAGUGUGCCUCUGCAGUGGAAGAAAAGAAAAUUCCGAAUGAUGUCAGGAUAAAGUUUGAACAUAAUGGGGAGAGACGGAUUAUCCCGUUCGUGCGUCCCGUGCGCUACGAAGACGUGCAGCAGAAAGUGAAAACAGCCUUUGGGCAGCCCCUGGACCUGCACUACAUGAACAACGAGCUCUCUAUUCCUUUGAAAAACCAAGAUGACCUGGAUAAAGCCGUGGAUCUCCUGGACCGGAGCUCCAAUGUGAAAAGCCUGAGGAUCCUGUUGCUGUCCCAGGACAGGAACCAUACCAGUUCUUCACCCCAUUCUGGACUGCCCAAGCAGGUCAGGAUUAAAACUUCCCAAUCUGUGGGGGAUGUGAGCACGCCCUACCAGCAGCCAGAACCCAGAAGUAGGCAUCUGUCUGUCAGCUCGCAGAGCACGGGCCGCAGCUCGCCCCCGCCCGGCUACGUCCCCGAGCGGCAGCAGCGCAUCGCGCGCCAGGGCUCCUACACCAGCAUCCACAGCGAGGGAGAGUUCAUCCCCGAGACCAGCGAGCAGUGCAUGUUGGACCCUCUAAGCAGUGCUGAAAACUCGGUGUCAGGAAGCUGCCAGUCCUUGGACAGUCCUUCUUUUCGGAAGUCGCGGAUGUCGAGGGCGCAGAGCUUUCCUGACAACAGACAGGAGUUCUCAGACCGUGAGAAUCAGAUCUACGACAAAGCAGGCAAGGGUGGGACCUACCCCCGGCGCUACAACGUCUCCAUGCAGCACAAGGACUACAGCGACGGCCGGAGGACGUUUCCCCGGAUCCGACGUCACCAAGGCAAUCUGUUCACCCUGGUGCCUUCGAGCCGAUCCCUGAGCACCAACGGGGAGAACCUGGGGCUGGCCCUGCAGUACCUGGAGCCGCGGGGCCGCCUGCGCAGCGCCGACAGCGAGAACGCGCUGGGCGUGCAGGAGAGGAACAUUGCCACCAAGUCCCCCAGUGCUCCCAUGAACUGGCGCCGGGGGAAGCUGCUGGGCCAGGGCGCCUUCGGCCGCGUGUACCUGUGCUACGACGUGGACACGGGCAGGGAGCUGGCGGCCAAGCAGGUCCAGUUUGAUCCUGAGAGCCCCGAGACAAGCAAGGAAGUGAGUGCCCUGGAGUGUGAAAUUCAGCUGCUGAAGAAUCUCCAGCACGACCGUAUCGUGCAGUAUUACGGCUGCUUGAGGGACCGAGCAGAGAAGACCUUGACCAUCUUCAUGGAGUACAUGCCAGGGGGCUCGGUGAAGGACCAGCUGAAGGCGUACGGGGCGCUCACCGAGAACGUCACCCGCAAAUACACGCGGCAGAUCCUCGAGGGCGUCUCCUACCUGCACAGCAACAUGAUCGUGCACAGGGACAUCAAGGGUGCCAACAUCCUGCGUGACUCUGCUGGGAACGUGAAGCUGGGGGACUUUGGGGCCAGCAAGCGUCUGCAGACGAUCUGCAUGUCGGGGACAGGGAUCCGCUCGGUCACCGGCACGCCGUACUGGAUGAGCCCCGAGGUGAUCAGCGGGGAAGGCUACGGCAGGAAGGCCGACGUGUGGAGCCUGGGCUGCACCGUGGUGGAGAUGCUGACAGAGAAGCCCCCCUGGGCAGAGUACGAGGCCAUGGCAGCGAUCUUCAAAAUCGCCACGCAGCCCACGAACCCCCAGCUGCCCUCCCACAUAUCUGAACAUUGCAGGGACUUCCUAAAGCAGAUCUUUGUGGAAGCCAGGCACAGACCCUCUGCUGAAGAGCUGCUCAGACACCAGUUUGCACAGCUCCAGUACUGAAUUACCUCCCUUGCUCGCAGCUCCUGCCGGGCUUUCCGUGCCCUGUCUUGUCUAGUUGCAACUGCCCCUUGUGGUGCUGCAUCUUCAAAAUGCCAACUCAGCUAGGCCCAGUCCUUUGGGAAGUUCUGCCAAGGAGCUUGGGCUCUGCUCUCGUGCCUGAUUCCUUCGUUUGCUGGACUGAUGUUCCUCCUGCCGACCUGUCCAAGCAGAGCUGCGUUUCUGCCCCGCGCUGCCUGGGUGUGUGUUCUCUGCAGGAGUGGGAGCCUGACCUGUGUCUGCACUGCUGGAACACAUCUGACCCCAGGUGGGAGCUGGGAGAGCUCCACUCUUCAGAACAGAACCAUUCACCAGCCUCCAGAGCAGCUCUGUCUGUGGCACUCCUGGUUUUCCCUGCUGGGGCUCCAGAGGCGUCUCCAGUACCUGAAUCCAGCAGAAGCCUUGGAGCAUGCACUCCUGUACUGUGGGAUGCUUCUCUUCUUGAGUAUUCAGCAUCUGAAGGUGUUCAGAAAAUAUUGAUUCAAAAGUAUGUGAAUAGUGUUAUUUUAUAAUGAACCCGUGGAUUUGGGGCUGGGGGUGAGGUGUUUCCAGCUGAAUGUCAGGAUAAUCAGACAGGUUUCAGCAGAAUGCAAUCACUCCAGGGCCUGAGGGAUGGGCUCUCCCACUGCUGUUGGAAAAUCCAGAGCUGAUUUCCAAGGUUUGAUCUGUCCCAGCAUUGACAGUGUUAGCCUGUGUCAUACCAAACAAAUCUGUGCUCCUGCUUCUCUCUCUGGGGCUGCUGGGUCCAAACAAAACCCCUCUGGAAGAGAAUUCAGUGGAAUUCAGCUUCCUCCUGCCUCUGUCUCUGUGGCUGGUAACUUUUACCACCCUUUUAACCAAAGAUGGUCCUUCUGGUGCCCAGGAAUUUACUUCAGCGUUUCUUUGAGCACACAGCCUAGUGGGAAAUUGAGGAUUCCUUGGGGAGAAUUACCUGGAGCCUCGUUCUUGCUGUGCACAGGGAGCUGGAAUCGAGCUCAGCCCUCUGCUGAGCGUUGUUGAAUUACAGGUGAUCAUUUCAGAGUUCCUAAAAAUGUUAGGGCCUAACCUAAAUAAGCUUCUUAGGAGUCCAAUCAAACAGGGAACCUGAGAAAACGUUUAAAUUGCUAGCAAAUAUCUAAGAUUACCUGGAGAUCCCCAUGCAGGUACCAGCAGAACAUGUCCAAGUGAUUGUGCACUUGGAAAAUACCACAAGUCAGAGGACUGAGGUGCUCAAAUCCUCUGUGCUGAUUUGGGCACUAGUAAUCUUUAUUUCACUCAUGAAAGACCAGCAGUUUUUAAGUGCUGGGCAUUCAUGGAGUGGUUAUAAGUUGUCUCUGAGAAAUGAGAUAAAGAAAAGCAAAUGUUAAUUAACUAAAAUACUGCUUUAUAGGGCAGCAUUGAAGGUGUUCUGCUCUUGAAUUGGAAAGGUUCCACACACCUCCACUCUUCUCCCCCAUAAAAAAUUGAAAAUUGCUUCAUAAUGCAGUAAAAUUAAGUUUUUUAAGUGAAUACUAAUAGCAGGAUUAGACAAGUUUUAAUGAAACCAAGCUCCUU